GCAUCUGAAACAACGAAAAAGCUAGCUAUAGACGAAUUUCAAAAAUUAAAGGCAUUGGAAUCUUUGGAAACCGGCACAGUUUAGUCAAAGCGGUGAGUGAAUGUACUUAAACCAACAAGAGCUAGUUAAAGAAAACGCUUCAAAAAAUAUUCCUUUUCCCUCGUCGAGUAUAUCCGGAGGCAAAUUCACUAGGUCUACAACAGAACUGACGUUGGCGAUCCUUUUAAGAAAUUACACAUUCUGAGAAAAAAGCGACGAAUAAUCUUGCCCAACGAAAACAAUACGUAUGUUAUUCGAAUGCUGAUUAGUCUCAUCACUCUUCAAACUGAGAGGUACUAAGCGUCAUCAUGUCUCUUCUAAGGUGCGUGAACUUGAGAUUAAUAAGGGGGGCUACGAAUAAAUAUUUACCUGCUAUAUCAAUAAGGCUGCAGCAGAAAUCCUGGUUAAACCUUAAGGCAAAAGAAAUGGAGAACACUGGACCGGUUCUAGAAGGAGUAGAGUUCGAAAUAAAAAAUAAAAAUUUGAAACGCCCGCUCUCUCCACAUCUUUCCAUCCAUGUGGCGUGGAGUAACAUGAUUCUGUCGAUGACGCAUAGGUUCACGGGCAUUUUCCUAUAUGCAAUUCCAUUUGGAUUGGCUUCAGUGGCAAUUUUGUUACCAGAAUCCUACCCAGACUAUUUGGGUAGGUUGGAAGACAUGCAUCUGAAUCAAUUCAUUAUUGCGACCGCGAAAUUUCUCAUAGCCUUGCCAUUUUCGUUUCACUUUUUGAAUGGAAUCCGGCAUCUGAUUUGGGAUACUGGCCAUUGGUUGACAAUAAAGGAGGUCAAUUGGUCCGGAUACAUUAUUGUAGUCCUCGCAGUUGCCUUGGCGAUUCAUCUUACAUCUUUAUAGAAACAAAAAACAGGAAUAUAUUACAAGAUCAGACAAUUUCCUACGAAGACUACUAAGAAAAUGGAUUCCUCGGGCAGAUUGACCGAACAUCAUACCACGUGUGGGAUCUGAGUCCCAUCUCCAACGUUUUCAAGGAAAUGGGGCUAUCUUUUCAGGCACAGAAACUCAGAAGAUUUUGCACUCCAGGGAUAUAUGUGUUGAUCUACUUUGCAAGCGUCUAUGUAAGUGUUUGUAAAUUGUUUACAGAAAAGCCAGCUGCAAAACGUAAGGUCACAGAAAAAUGCUCUUCGGCAAAUACAUGGGGGGCUAAUACGAA